AUGUCUGCCGACCGCACCAACCCCUCGGCUUUACUAUUACUUCCCCCGCCUCCCGCCUUUUCUAUUGCCAAAGUCAAAGAGGCCUUCGCCCCAUCAUUGAGUGAUAUCCUCACUCGGUUAUCACAAUGCGUACAUGGGUCCAGUCGCUUAGCCGUGUUGGACAUUGCCCUGGUCAUUCCUUUCACUCCAGACUGCAGACCUCGGGCCAAAGUGUUUUCCCAGCUCCAACAAUACUUGACCAGCGUCUAUAGCAUUGUCGGUGCUCUUUGUGCAACACAAAACAUUGAACUAGACACCCCAGGUGGCAUCGAUGUCCGGGUGCUAUUCAUCAACCAUAGCAUUGGGAAACCUAUAACCGAGGAGGCCUCUGACACCCCUCAAUUUGGACCUAUUAUAGGCCUACAGUCAUUAGCAAAUUCAACGCGCCAUUGGGAUCAUAUCUAUUAUGUUUCUGACACGGUUAGCGAGAAUAUGGCCAAAUGUUUCGUUGAAGCCCAAAAAGAUGACAUGACGGCAAGGAUGCAAGCCAUCACCUGCACCCCUGACUGGACGAUCCCUCAACCCUUGCUAAUUCCUAACGACCAACCAUCCACAUCCAACCCGCACUCUUCCGUUAUUGUUGGUGGCACAUUUGAUCACCUUCAUCUUGGUCACAAGCUUCUGCUCACAGCCUUUGCAUUAGCCUUGGAUCCACUUGAUCAGGAUGGCCACCUGAUUAUCGGGUUGACCGGGGAUGCAUUAUUGGUUAAUAAAAAACAUGCCGAGUUCCUGGAGGAUUGGGAACAGCGUUGGAAGAAUACCGCAUCCUUCCUAUCGGCCAUUAUGGACUUUUCUCCAGACCAAAAAUCACCGGAGAUUGAAAGGGCCACUGCGCCUAAGACUGUUCUCGUUAGAUACCCUAAACUGACAUUUGAAUUUGUGGAAAUCUCAGAUCCAUUUGGGCCUACAAUCACAGUGGAAAAUAUCGAUGUUCUUGUUGUGUCUAGGGAGACCCGUGCGGGAGGUGCAGCAGUUAACGACGAGCGGGUGAAAAAAGGCUGGAAAGCCCUUACAGUGUUCGAAGUAGAUGUCCUUCAAUCUGAUGGGGCCCUGGGAACUGAUGAGAAUUUCGACUCCAAAAUAAGCAGCACUGAGGUCAGACGGCGUCGGGCUCAUCUCGCAAAGGUCUGA